AUGUCCACCAGCAACGACGUACACCCCUUCUCUCCUUUGCCCCCUCCGCCCACCGCACUCGGCCGCUAUCGCAUCCUCAGCCCUCUCGCAGGAGUGCGCGUAUCUCCUAUAGCUUUGGGUGCUGGUUCGAUUGGCGAUCAAUGGGCAAAAUGGGCGGGCGCCAUGGACAAAGAGGGCAGCUUCAAGCUUCUUGAUGCGUACUAUAACGCGGGUGGUAACUUCAUCGACACUGCGAGCAACUAUCAGGAGGAAACAUCGGAGAAGUUCAUCGGCGAGUGGAUGGAGGCUCGUGGUAACCGCGACGAGCUGGUGAUCGCAACCAAGUAUACAUCGCAAUUCAAGCGUACGGACGAUUCUGUCAAGAUCAAGAUCAACUACGGCGGAAACGCGUCGAAGAACCUGCAUAUCUCGGUUGAGCAGUCACUCAAGAAGUUGCGGACGUCCUACAUCGACAUUCUGUACAUCCAUUACUGGGAUUACACAAGCAGUGUUGAGGAGGUCAUGAACGCCCUUCACAAUCUCGUCGCCGCUGGGAAGGUUCUCUACCUCGGUAUCUCGGACGCGCCGGCGUGGGUCGUCGCAGACGCAAACCGUUACGCCAAGGAGAAGGGGAAGACACCAUUCUCCAUCUACCAAGGCCGCUGGAACGUCCUCGCGCGCGACUUCGAGCGCGAGAUCAUCCCCAUGGCACGCAAGCUGGGUCUCGCGCUGGCGCCGUGGGAGGUAGUGGGUGGCGGCAAGAUUCGCACGGACGCCGAGGAAGAGGCUCGCCGCACGACUGGCGAGAAAGGUCGUGAUCUCUUUGGCACCGGCUGGGAGCGCAACGAGAACGAGAAGAAGAUGGCGAAAGUACUCGAGAAGAUCGCCGGCGAGAUCGGCGCCAAGAGCAUUCGUGCAGUGGCCGUCGCCUACGUUCUCCAGAAGACGCCGUAUGUCUUCCCCAUCAUCGGUGGCCGCAAGGUCGAGCAUUUCCUCGAGAACCUCGAGGCGCUCGAGAUAGUCCUUACGCCGGAGCAUUACAAAGAGCUCGAGAGCGUCAUUCCCUUUGACUUCGGGUUCCCAUAUGUGCCCUUCGGUCGCGAAGAGGAUGCCGCAGCGAACCCGAUCACGGCUAUCAGUGGCACAACCGACCCCUGGCCUCUGCAGCAGGUCAUUGUCCCGAAGAAGAACUGA